CACAACUCAAGACAGUGAAAGGCAUUCAGAAUGAUGAGAUCAAUUAUUCUCCUUUGUUGCGUUGGGGCUGCUUUCGGGCAAACCUUCACGCUUCCCAACCACCACGACCUGCGAACCUUAUUGAACAGGGCAUUUGGUAGACUUGACCAAGACCAAAGCGGUGACAUUUCCGAGGCAGAAUUCGACAUGGUCAUUGUUCACGACGAUGCAAAUAAGGACGGGAAUGUUACCCUGGCGGAGUAUCAAGCGGCUCACUCACACAUGCCGGCAGAAAUCAGCGGCCCACUAUUUAAUUUCUUCGACCCCGACCACAACGGCGUUCACACAGUAUCCGACAUGCAAACGGAGUACCACCUAAUGGAUCAUAACAAGAACGGUGAGCUGACGAUGCAAGAGUUUGAUAACUACAUGAUCAAACAACUCGAGGCACUGUUUGGACAGCACGGCCACGCUGGUCGGUAACAUCUUCAUAGUCCAAGGAACAUGUGUUAUUAUGUGCAUUUGUUUAUUGACCUGAAAAACUGUAGUAAUAAAUAAUUAUAAACUUUGA